CAGAGCUAUAGCUGCUGGCCUACACCACAGGCAUAGCAACUCAGGACCGAUGUGCAUCUGCGACCCACACCAUAGGUCACAGCAAUGCUAGAUCCUUAACCCACUGAGCAAGGCCAGGGAUCGAACCCUCAUCCUCAUGGAUGCUAGUCAGGUUCAUUAACGGCUGAGCUAUGAUGGGAACUCCAGAUCCCACCUAGGUCUUGAUUGGGACCUUGUUUCCUGUUUUUCCAGCUCUUGUCCGCAGGGUGGGGAGAGGUAUGCUGGUGGGGAGGUGACAACCACACAUCAAUCAUUGAGCUGUAGGUCGCCUUUGCUUUCUGCCUUUUUCCAGAAAAACCGUGGGGAGACAUGAGAGGGAAAAGUUGCAGCCGGGGAUGGGGUUGGAAAGGCAAGAAGAGAGUCUCAGGUGGGGAAGGGUAGGGGGAAGCUGGAGCAGGGAUCUGGGCUGGAGGAAGCAGAGCGGGCCUGGACUGGGGACGAGGGAGGAUGGAUAAACAUGGCAGUGGGAAGAACGUGGCCCCUGGGGCAGGAGGAGGCCAUCCAUUCACCCUGGUGACCUCGUUAAACUCCCUGCCUUAGACUCAGGACAAGCAGAUGGGCAGGAUUCAUUUGUGUCCUGGGGCCGCUGUGGGACGGAGCUUGUCACAAGGCCUUUAGACUUCAUGAAGCUUCCACUGGAGGCUCAGCACCGUUGGGAUCUGUAGGGAGCAUCUGAAAGGACCCAUGUGAAGGGGUGCUGAGAGUUACUGUCUGUGGGGAGCGGGCACAUCUUCGGGCCCUGAGCUGCCUGAGGACAGAGCAGAGGAAGUGGGCUCAGUCGGCACCACACACCGCAGGAGGGGUGGGACUCGUGUGCCAACUGGCCUGUGGCUGCCAGCAUCUGAAAGGUGGUUGGAACUCUUCUAGAGAUGAUGUCCAGAGAUCUGAGAUUCCAAACCUUUCAAGGAUGUGGAUUCCUACAAAGAGGAGAUGAGGAGAUCAAGGGCUUUGGUGAAGGUGGUAGUGGGGGGAGAGCGUGGGAGGGGGGAGCCCAGGGAGAGGGUGGCAGACAGGAAGAAGCUAGACAGACAGGAGGUGUCUCUCCCCUCCCUGCCCCCAUCACUGUCCCAAAUUGCCCAUCCCUUUCUGUUCAGCUCCCCUCUGCAUCGCUGGUCAGGCACCAGAAGGGUGGACACCACGGGCCAGUGGUGUGGAUGAGAGGGAGGGAAGGGUCAUGAGUUAGCCUCCUGUGCACUUUUAAACCCCCUGUUCUCACUUCCUGCCGGUGCAAAAAUAACCCUGCCCCUCUGACUUAUCUCAGCAAAGACUGGUGCCCAGCCCGGCUCAGAGGGCAAUAGGACAGGUCCCAGAGGGUCACUGAGGACAAAAAGAGCCUGGACCCCCCAUACACACAUGGGGAGCUGCAGAACAGGGACUCGGGGGUGGGAGGAAAGUGUGUGUGUGGGGGGGGGCGUGGAGGCUGGGGUUGGAGGGGGCAGUUCCCAGGGUCUCUCUUUGCCCCUCAGUGCCUUGUGGCUGGGAUCUGCAUGUGCCCACCUGCAGCCAUCUGUGCUCCUGAAGCUGCCUGCUCACUCUUAUGUCUGGGGUCAGGUGUGUGUGUGUGAUGUGUAUGUGUGUGAAGGUGGGGGCUGUGCCUGCUGUGUGUGUUUCCUCCCCCACCAGCUGCCCGUGCCUCUGUGAACAUGCAUGUGUGUUACAGGCUGCAUUACACAUGGAUUUAUAUGUUCUAGGGAAUCUUGGUGCACACCCCUCAGUUUACUGGCACCUCCACGCGGCCUUGCAUGCGCACGUGUGUGUAGUGAUGUGCUCAUGUGACUGCAGCCGCAGGCAGGCUGAGGUUACUGAGCCUGUGUGGGCCCCCAAGUCCCCCCUUCUCCCUGGUGAAAUGAAAUCCCAGUGUCCCCGCUUUUCUGGGGCAGCCACUAUAUCUUUGCUUUACAUUCCCCCCAACCCCUGCCCCCCAAACCUGACCUCUCGCUGGAGGCGGGAGAAAGGAGAGGGCCCUUCCGCCCCUCCCCCACGUCUAGAGCCCUCCUUCCAUUUCCUGUUUGCCUCCUUUUUGGCAGUUUUUCCCAUCUUUGCCAUCUGGCCUGGCACUGUGCCCAUUCAGCUCCACUGAUGGGGAGCCCCAGGGAAGCAAGCAGAUGGGGUGGGGACCAAGGCAGGGGCCCGGCAGCUCUCAAGGCUCAGCUUGGGCCAUUUUGCGUGGUCUGUGGGAAAGGGGUGGACACACAAACCCACAGGCUUCUCAGAAAUAGAGCGAUGGCCAUCUGCUCUCCUGAAGGUGCCUAAUUCUACCUCUUAAGUAGCAACUCACCUAAUACAUGUUGAUCUCUUUAACACUGUAAUUUUGUGAACCAAAGACCUGGGAUCUUGGGAAAUAAUCAUUUGUUCACUUGUUCAGGGGCUAGUAGGUGCCUCCUGGCUAUAAGGGGCUAUUGAUUCUCCAGAGAAUGGUUAAGAAUGAUAAAAAUGUUACUGUAACUCUAGCCUAAACUGUUAUUGAAGUUUUAAUGCCAGCUGUUUGCAAACAAUCCUUUUCAAAGGGAUGUGGCCUUUCCCUGAGUUAUACAUGGGGACAGGAGUGUGAUAAGAAGUGGUUGGCUGACUGGGGUGAUCCAAGAAAUAUCACAACAGGGUUAUAGGCUGGGUAGACCUGGGGCGGGAGGGGACAGAUUUCCUGCCAGGCAGCCAAUGGCUGUCCCCAGGCACUGCUAAAUAGAGACUGCAGUGUGAGUGCAAUUGGGAAGAAAGCAGUAGAAGGUGUGGUCUCCACCCCCAAACCUAGGACCCUACCAUCUAGAUGGGGAAAUGCGGUAAAUACACAUGACACAGACUGAGACGUUCAAACCAGCCAACUAAGUGCUUCGAUAGGUCAGGGAAAAUCAUCAGGAAGGGCGCAUUUCCAUGUGUGUGAAGGGAGAUGGGUGAGUGUUACUAGUGUUUGACGUGGGAGAAAGAAGGAAAUGGGGUCUAAAACGUAUACGUCCAAUUGGACAAAUGAGGAAGUAAAAACAGUUCACCUGUGGGCACAGGUUUCAGACAGGCAGCUAUAAAAGACAGGUGCUCCGUGUGGCAGGCAGCCUCACACCCCCACGCCCACUCUUGUUGGAAGCAACUUGGACUCUGGAACCAGGAUGUCCUGAGUCCUGACUUUACUCCUCACUGUCUGAGCUCUUGAGUAAAAAUCAGGAGCAGCAGCUACCUCGAAGGGCUGCUGGAAGGAUUAGAGCUUGUGCGGUACACAACACCCUGGGGAGUCCCUUGCUGCCCCAGCAGGUUAGGGAUGGGGCGUCAUCACUUCUGUGGCUCUGGUUACUGCUGUGGCCUGGGUUCAAGCCCUGGCCCAGGAACUUCUGCAUGCCACAGGUGGCCAAAAAAAUCCUGGGAAUUAGCAGAUGCAAACUAUUAUAUACAGCAUGGGUAAACAAAAAGUUCUAUUGUACAGCACAGGGAACUCUAAUCAAUAUCCUGUGAUAAACCACAAUGGAAAAGAAUAUAUAUGUGUGUAAUAUGUAUAUUUAUAAAUAUAAAUAUAUAUAUAUAUAUAUCUGAAUCCCUUUGCUGUACAGCAGAAAUUAACACAACAUUGUAAAUCAACUAUACUUCAAUAAAAUAAAUGAAAACCAAAAACACCCUGGAGUUCUCUUGUGGCAUGGCAGGUUAAGUUUCCCACCUUGUCACUGGCGUGGCUCAGGUCACUGCUGUGGGGCGAGGAAUCAAUCCCUGCCCAGGGAAUGUCCACAUGCCACAGGUGUGGCAAAAAAAAAAAAAAAAAAAAAAAAAAAAAAAAAACGCCCUGGGAGAUGGUGAGCGAUCAGUAAGUGGCAGCUAUUAUUUGUGAUUCAACAUUUAUUUAGGGAGUUGCUGGGGCAACAAAGAUGAGUAAGUAACAGUCCACAGGCUCACCGUCAAAUGGGAGGGGCAGGCCAAGAACAGCUAAUUACAACACUGGUGGGAAGAGCUGGGAGCGACCUGCAGCCAAAGUGCUGGGAAAGCACCAGUGAGGGGACCCCACCUGCCUGGUAGGAAGGGAGAGGGUCAGAAAAGGCAUCACAGAGACCUGAGAAGUGACUGAGUUUGCCAGUUGGAGAAUGGGAGGAAGGGGAUUCCAUGUUGAAGAAAUAGCACGUGCAAAGACAGAGUCCUGAAAACAUGAGGUCUCCACUGUCCAUGAAGCUGUGACCAAAGGCAUCCCAUCGCCCCAACUCAUCUGCCCUGCAGCCAUAGCCCACACUCCCAUGCCUUGCCUCCCCUUCUUUUGGGACUGUCUGUGCCACUUCCAGGCUCCUACCCUGGAGUCUGGAGAUGAAUGUGAUGCCAGGACUCCAGUGCGCCGGAUGAUACCCCCAGCCUAGCUCCUCCCUGCACAUUGGCACGAUGCUAGCCAACUUCACCAACCCUUUGACCAGUGGCCCUGUUUUCAAGUGUCCAGACCACCAGUCCACCCACCGCCUGCACUUGGUGGUCUACAGUCUGGUGCUGGCCACAGGGCUCCCCCUCAACGCGCUGGCCCUCUGGGUCUUCCUGCGAGAACUGCGCGUGCACUCCGUAGUGAGCGUGUACAUGUGCAACCUGGCGGCCAGCGACCUGCUCUUCACCCUCUCUCUGCCCUUGCGCCUCUCCUACUACGCGCGGCACUACUGGCCCUUCUCAGACCUCCUGUGCCAGCUGGCGAGCGCCGUCUUCCAGAUGAACAUGUACGGCAGCUGUAUCUUCCUGACCCUCAUCAACGUGGACCGUUACGCGGCCAUCGUGCACCCGCUGCGGCUGCGCCACCUGCGGCGGCCCCGCGUGGCGCGGCUGCUCUGCCUGGGCGUGUGGGCGCUCAUCCUGGUGUUCGCGGUGCCCACCGUGCUGGCGCACCGGCCCUCGUCCUGCAUCCGCAACGACAGCCACGAGGUGCAUCUGUGUUUCGAGAACUUCAGCGACGAGCUGUGGAAGGGCAGGCUGCUGCCACUCUUGCUGCUGGCGGAGGCGCUCGGCUUCCUGCUGCCCCUGGCGGCUGUCGUCUACUCGUCCGGCUGCGUCUUCUGGACCCUGGCGCGGCCCGACGCCACGCGGAGCCAUCGGCGGCGGAAGACGGUGCGUCUCCUGCUGGCCAGCUUGGUCAUCUUCCUGCUGUGCUUCGUGCCCUACAACGCCACGCUGGCCGUGUACGGGCUGCUGCGCGGCAACGUGGUGCCGGCCAGCACCUCGGCGCGCGAGCAGGUGCGCGAGGUGCUGAUGGUCAUGGUGCUGCUGGCCGGCGCCAACUGCGUGCUCGAUCCGUUGGUGUACUACUUCAGCGCCGAGGGUUUCCGCAACACCCUGCGCGGCCUGAGCACACCUCUCCGGACCAGGACUUCGGCCACCACGCCCCCGGAACAGCCCGCCGAGCCCGCCCACGCCAUCGGGACCGGGACUGCUGCCAGCCAGGGGCUGCUCGGGCCCUCCAAACUCGGCUCGUCCUUCACCCAGUGCCCGGAGGAUUCAUGCCUCUGAACUUCGUGCCAGAGCUCAGUCCCCCCACCUCCCCCCACCCCGCCCCUUUCACAUUCGCAGCGGUGCAGGCUGUACGCGGCGGGGCUGCAGGUCGAGCGUUUGGACUUCUGGGUGUCAGCUCCCACUCACAAAUGCAGAAUAGAACAAAGUGUGGGGGCCAGGGGCACGGGGAAGGGAGAGCGCUGCUGGAAAUGGUUUUAAUUGGAUGGGUGAUGAGAGCGCGGAGGGACCCCUUCCCCACUGCGUGAAAAGCGCUGCUGCGAUCCUGUCCUUGCAGAGGCGGGGGGGGGGGGGGUGGUGGUGGAUGCUGUGCCUUUGGCGGAGUAUGGAACACGGCCAAGCUGGUAGCUGGUAGCUGGAGUAGAAGAUGAAUGUCCUACCUUUAGACCCACCUUAACAGUCUUAGGGCCGUGGACACCACCCACUCUUCUUUCCAAGCUGGGCUCCCCCCCCACCCCGUCACGCCCAGCAUUGAGGCAUAAUACAAGGUGGAUUGGAUGUUGGAGUUCUCUUGUGGCUCAGCAGAUUAAGGAUCCAGCCUGUGCCUUGGAUCCAGUGCUCUGGCUUGGCUCACUGCUGUGCCGCAGGUUCAAUCCCUGGCCGGAAACUUCCGUAUACUGCGGGAAUGGCUGGAAUGCGGUGGAGUAAAAAGAAAAAAAAAAAGAGCAUUGGAAGCUGUUUGAAA